AUGGACUUUGUGAUCCUCUUCGGCCUGUAUCUCGGCCUGGUGCUGCUCAGCGUGGCGGUCUGCAUCUCCUCCCGACGGGAGCAAAGCUUCUCUUGGAGGCUCAUCAGGGGCACAACGCAAGUGUUCUCCUAUGUGAUUCCAGCUCCAGUUCACAGAGCAGGUCAAAAGGCAAUUCAUGGACUCUUCCACACACGAAAUUCUUUCUUUGUGGUCUUGCACUUGGUCUUAGAAGGGCUGGUUUAUGGCGAGUAUACCUGGGAAGUGUUCGGCUACUGCCAAGAGCUGCAGUUCAGCAGGCUUGUCCUCCUUCUUCCUUACCUCCUGUUGGCUGUGAAUACAGCUUUCUUCAUCCUCUGCUCCAAAAGUAAUCCAGGUAUCAUCACCAAAGCCAACCAGCUUCUCUUUCUUCACGCGUAUGCAUACGACGGUCUGAUGUUUCAACAAGAUGCUGAAUGCCCUACCUGUGCCGUGAGAAAACCCGCCAGAUCCAGGCAUUGCGGCGUAUGCCGUGGCUGCGUACAUCGCUUUGAUCACCAUUGUGUUUGGGUCAACAACUGUAUUGGAGCCUUCAACAUCCGGUUCUUCCUUUGCUACCUGCUCACUUUGAUCUCCAUGGCAGCUUCUAUUGCAGCUCUAACAGCCGGCUUCCUCAUCCAGGUGGUCCUUUUGUCAAAUCUUACGUUGGGAUAUUAUACUGAUGACCAAGGUCAAGAACAUUCAGUUGACACCUUCUUUCUUAUUCAGCAUCUUUUCUUGACCUUUCCUAGAAUUGUAUUCGUGCUGGGCUUUGUCAUCCUUCUGUUGGUUAUACUGGGCUCCUAUUUCUGCUUCAUCCUGUAUCUCGUACUGACCAACCAGACGAGCAACGAAUGGCUUAAAUCAGCAAGAUAUACACACUCAUACUCAGAGCAAAACAGCAGACAGGAAGGCUAUCAAAAUAUUUACUCCAAAGGAGUCUGGGCCAAUCUGGCAGAAAUUGUGACGCCUCUGACAAGUCCUGCAAAGAAAAGGAAGUGAAUCCCUCAACAUACACACCCGUGGACCCGGCAAAACAGUUUGCACCUUACAAACUUACCUUCUGUAGAAUGAAUUUUUAUUCUGUCUACUAACUAAAUGAUGAAUACUCAGAAGUGGGAAAUGAGUUAACAUAUUAGAAGAUUGUUAAUGUGAGCACCGAGUGCUAUUCUUUGCACUUUUU